UACAACACACGUCAAAAAAUAAAUCAAAACAAAGUGGAGUGUAGGGAAAAAUAUAAUUUAAAUUAAUCUAGUUUAGAAUUGUAUCUGCGAAAGGUUGCUGUAAUGUUUGUUAUUGGUUUUUGUAUUCACAUCAUAUUUUUAUUUUCCAUAUUUGAUAUCUAUUUUAAGUCCCCAAUAGUGAAAAAUGUGCCGCCUUAUCAACCUCAACACGAAGCGGUCGCAGACCGUCUUGUUUUAUUUGUUGUGGAUGGAUUACGAGCUGAAUCCUUUGUUAAUUAUACUACCAUGAAUUAUAUGAGAUCUGUAGCGUCUAGUACAGGAAGAUGGGGUAUAUCUCGCACCAGAGUUCCGACCGAGUCUCGCCCUGGGCACGUCGCAGUGAUCGCCGGCUUCUAUGAGGAUCCAUCAGCUGUAGCCAAAGGGUGGAAGCAAAACCCAGUUGAUUUUGAUUCAGUGUUUAAUCAAACCAAAUAUACUUGGUGCUGGGGAACCUAUGACAUAUUAGAAAUAUUCACUAGAGGCACUGUAGAUGAUCACAUUUUCACUGAGGAGAUGGAUCCAUAUGAUCAGGGAUUCAGUACCAAUAAGAACACUACUCUUUUAGAUGAUUGGGUGUUUGAACAUGUUAAGAAAUUCUUUGAGAAAGCCAGACAUGAUGACAGUCUUCGAAAAAAAUUACAUGAAAAGAAAAUAGUUUUUUUCCUUCACCUUCUAGGUACUGAUACAUCAGGACAUACACAUAAACCUAAAUCUAAUGACUUUUUAACAACACUGAGAUUUGUGGAUGAAGGCAUAAAAGUAAUUGAGAAAAUAAUCAAUGAUUUCUACAAUGAUGAUGGCAAAACAACAUUCCUGAUGACUUCAGACCAUGGAAUGACUGACUGGGGAUCCCACGGUGCAGGUGAUGACCAUGAGACUGAGACUCCUUAUGUGCUCUGGGGAGCAGGGGUCGAGCAGAUACCAGUGCUACCUGAUGACCACCAAGAGUCCUUGCCCUUCGACAACAGACUGGACAUCAACCAGGCAGACCUCACUCCACUCAUGGCUACAGCCAUUUCUGUACCAGUACCAGUUAAUUCUAUUGGUCAGCUGCCUGUUGAUUUGCUUUCCAUGUCUUUACCAGACAAAGCCAAAGCAAUUUAUAGCAAUGCAAGACAAUUGGCCUCACAAUAUGACAAGAAAAGAAGUGAUGUAGAACAAGAUGCCAUAGCAGUAUUAUACCAACCGUAUGAGCCGUUAGAUAAGAGAAAAUACAAUGAAAUCAUUGAUCAUACUCAGAAAUUGCUGGAAGAAAAGAGUUAUGAAAAAGUGAUACUUCUCAGUAAUGAGAUAAUGCAUUUGAGCUUAUCUGGUCUUACCUACUACCACAACUAUUACCAGAGACCUCUGCUCAUUCUAGUCACAUUUGCAUUUCUUGGCUGGAUCGCCUGUCUCAUGAAAAUAUUGCUGGAACAAAAUAUUUACUCCCAAAUGGAUUCAAAAUUCAAGAGACACAGGAAUAUGAAUUUUAUUCAUAUAUUUUUUAUAGUCUUAUGUUUUAUUGCCAUUUAUCUUGUUUAUGAACAAAGUCUACCGUUACAGUAUUACCUAUUCUUCUUACUUCCUGUAAUUAUUUGGUGGUAUGCGCUUACUCCAAUCUCUACAUGGAUUAAUUUUACUGCUGUUUUAAAUAAGAGUCGCAAAUUGAACCUGUUCAUUGUUGAGCUAUUAUGCUACACUCUGGGUUCAUUAGCAAUGGGUCUGAGUUUCUCGUACCGAUGGAUGCUCAGCCUACCGUUACUUGGGAUGGCUCUGUGGCCUUUCUUCUCUUCAGCUAGGAUCCACUUGACAUACACAUUACUGUUCUCCUGGUCUAUCAGCUGUUUACUUCUUGGCGCUUUCACUUUCAUGCCUGUGGUUGGGAAGGAUGCAUUUAUUGAAUUAGUUGUUCUGGCUGGACUGAUUUGGGGGCUUGGAUUUGCAACUUUUACCUCGAAAAUAUUGGUUCGAUUGUACAAGCGAGGACUAGAAAGCAAAAGAGAGAUACUUCUCAGUAUCUUACAAAUAUUACUGCUGGGGAUAUGCUUGGAGAAUGUGUUCGUUCAGUCGAAGAGGUUCGAGAAUAAAUCCCCUGUGUCAUACGCGUACCAGACCAUCGCUUGGGUCAUAGCCUUGCUAUCCCUAGUCCUGCCUCUUCUGCACUCAAACCGACUAUUAUGUCGCAUAUUAGCCAUCGACACGUCAAUAUUGACUCUGUAUUUGUUGCUGUCGGUCUCCCAUGAAGGCCUUUUCUUACUCACUUUGAUAUUCAAUACCAUCUGUUGGAUAUUGAUAGAGUUUAAAUUAGCUCAUUCAAAUAAGGCUAGGAUAAUAGACUUCACAUUCGGUACUGAAGACGGCGAAUCGCUCGCUAAAUCACAAGGCCUCAGUGCUAUUGAGAGGAGUGUCAGCCACCAGGACUUUCGGAGGGCAUUCUUUUUUCUGCUCUACAUAAUAAUAGCCUUCUUUGGAACUGGAAACAUUGCAUCACUGAAUUCUUUCGAAGUGCGAUGGGUGACAUGUUUCGUGACUUCCUUCCAACCGUUCUUGAUAACAGGGUUGGUUCUUCUGAAGACACUAGCUCCAUUCUUGUGUGUUGGUUGUUGCUUUAGAGCUGUCCAACACGUGACUAAGGCACCAACUGGAUACUUGCACAUAAUAGUGUUAAUUUAUUCAAAUAUAAUGGGAAUUCAACUAUUGUACUAUGUGAAGAACACGGGCAGUUGGCUGGAGAUAGGAACUUCUAUAUCACAAUUUGUUAUUGUUCAAGUGAUCACCUUAUUUAUUGUAUUAAUUCAUCAAAUAGCCAAAGUAUUGACUGAUGUUAGCAUUUACAGUAUUGUUAGAAGUAUAUCUAAGUUAAAAGGGAGAAAAAAAUAUGUUUAAUAAAAAAAUAUUUUAAAAUAAUA